UGAAAACUUUCUACAAAACACUCGUGCGCUCAAAGAUGGCGGAUGGGUCGCCCGAGGACCGUACCGGCCCGAAACAAAUGAACGAUUUAACUUUUUCCGCGCCUAAUUCUUUACUUGGUGACACAAAAAAGUGCAGUGGGGAAACAAUUGACGGCGAUAGAGUGAAGUUAUCAUUUUACACCGAACUGGAAACGAGUGAAUCGUGUGAAAAAAGUGAUACUCACGGCGUGGCCAUCAAACGUUCUGCGGCGGACGUCUGUACGAGCUCCCGAAAUUCUUGCGAGGCGAACACCGACGGAGAAGACAGGAAGAAGAGAUGUUUCGACAGAUACGACAGCUCGGAGUCGUCUGACAGUGGCGUAGCGGUGCUGAGUCCGACGGAGAGCGGAGGCAGCAGCGGUAGCGACAUCACCGAACCGGCGUCGCCGCGCAGCCCUGAGUCGUCGGGCAGCACCGCAGAAGAGGGCGCGGGGGCGCGCAUGCCGCCCUGGGCGAGCGACCCGGCGCCGCCGGCACCGCGCCGCAUCGCGGCCCAGCCCGCGCCCGUGCGCCGUCCCCAUCUCCCCAUUCACCGCCGCAUCACCGAGUACUUCAACCACAAGAUGAAGCCGCAGAACGGUCUUAAACGCGACUCCAGCGUCUCCGGCAACGAUGACACCAAAAGAAAGUGCCUCCCCAAAAACGGCGUCACCCACGACCUGGAGAAAUACAUCUCUUACAUAUCACAGACGUUAAGCCCUAAAGUAUUAAUGGAUGUCGGCAAGCAAGCCGAGGUAACGAAAAAAGCAAUGCACCCGACCAAUGGUGUUACUGAUACAGGUAAACCUACAGAUCUCAGUAAAACGACAUCCGCUCCCAACUUCAACGGCAUGAUUGAAUAUAAUAGACCUAAAGAUAUCAGGGAAAAGAAUGGUAUACAUUCUUAUGGCUUAGCUGGAGUGCCAGCUGAUUCUCAUUCCAAAGAGAAGCAUGUGAAUGGUAUCAUUAAUGGGUUGAUAGACGCCAAAAAGCAGGUGCUGGAUAUGAAAACAACAACAGACCCAUCCGCCAAUACUGUAGUCAGUAUGAAUGUGCAGAAUGUGAGUAUGAAUAAGAAACAUAAAGUGCCAAUAUCAAAGGAUUCAAAUGGCUUAAGGAUUGCACCAGCGACAUCCGCGAACCAAUCUCCUAAUAAAAAAAUGUGUGUCUCGAAAUCUGACUCGAGCCGUGUGAAUGGUGUUGUGAGUUCUACGACAAAGUUAGAUAGUAAAAUGAAUGGUGUAAUGUGUGGAUCGAACAAUUUAAGUUUAAAUCCUAUUUCAUCGAAGGUGUCCACCACAAAGAAGGAGCCCGUGAAGAGAACUGCUCAACCGACGAAAAGAACUAACCGAAAAUCAUCUGCUUGCAUCGCCAAUAGCAAAAACCUUACGUGGUCUAAAGCGAACAAUCUCAAACAAGUGCAGCUUCAGCAACAAAAUUGUUUCAAUUCGUCACAGAACCCUUCAAUGACCAUGCCAGGUGAAGCUAACUCAGCACCAAAGAUGAAUAUUCCAAAUGGCGUCCGGCAAGUUUCAAUGACGAUGAACGGUAGUCUCGGUAAUUUGAACGUGCCGGUGACAAAUUUACAGAAUUGUCACCAAUUAAAUAUUCCACAACCAUGCAAUGGCACGGUCACAUCCAGUAAUUUAGCUUCAUUCGUUGCAGUGCCUCAAAAUGUUAUGUUAACUGCUUUGAGAAUACCGCAGAAUGGACUUUCUGCACAAACCAUAAACCACCAACAAAAUAAUAUGACAGCUUUCAAUCGACCUAACGUCAAUGUGUCAAGUCCGACAAAACUAAACGGACAAUUUGUUUUUCCUUUCAUGCAAAAUAUUAACGGAACUGUUGUACAAAUACCAAAUUUAAUGGCAAAGGUACCAAAUUUUGUUUUACCACAAACGCCGCAGUUAACAACGCAACGACAGGACCAUUUACAAAAUCAGCAAGCCGCUCAAAUUCUUAUAAACGGUACGCUGUUGAAGCUAACAAAUACAAUACCGCCGACCUACCCCAAUGUGAACAAGCCGUCGCCGGUGACGAGUCAGUCCAUUCCCGUGAUGAAUAAGAACGCUCCUGGUAUGCCACCAGCUGGGAUUACUGUUCAGUCUAAACCGAAUUUCGCAGUUAAUUUUAGUCAUCCGGUGCUAGUACCACAACCUGGCUACAUCGUAACCUCUGUGCCAAACAUCAACGUAAAAGAAACUUGGAGUUAUUCAAGCACAAACACAGCAUCUUCGUCACAGCCCACGUGUUCAAAUCCAAUAGUUCACCAUCCUCCACCAGUAGUACCAAGUUUCCCGACCCAAGCGCUGCAUACGAGUAGUAUCCCCAUAGCGCCCGUCAAACCGCCUGACAAUCCUAUUCAGGGCACAGAUCCUCCGAGUAGCACAGUGAAAGAACCAGAAGCGAAUGAAGUGAGUCAAAAGUUGAGCGAUGUCAGCCCAAAACUAAAUGAUGUUAGCGCGAAGUGUGAUAUUCCGUGGCUGUCAAAAACUGUUAAUAAUAAUAUAGUUCAGCUAGAUACGAAUAAAUUGACUUCGAGGCCUUUUGCACACGUGAAUAGUUUAUCAGAGAAGCUAGAAGAUUUGGCGGCAGAGAAAUCUAAAGAAUGUAAAAUGUCAGAAGAGUUUAGAAAGGAAAUUAGGAUCGAGCAUACAGAAGCGGAGUUGAGAAAAGUCGAAGAGGUAGCGAGACGUGAAGAGACAAUUUUUACACAAAUAACGGUUUUGAAAGAUGUUUCGUCGAACGUUCAAAGUACAUUGAUAGAAGCGAAUUUCUGCAGCACAACGACGGAGUCUUCAGAGUCUGGGAUCGGAACGGACAAGUCUAUUGACUCGCCGAGUGACUCCCAGACGAGUAAGGAGUGUGAUGAAGAUUCAUCUCUAUCUCUUAGUGUGAGUGUGUGUUCGGUAGAAGCGCAUAGUAGCCAGAAGAGUCCAAUACUGAAGCAGCCGAAAACACUUAGGUUUCCGCCUAAGAACCUAACGAAAUCUGACAGCGACCGAAGAACUUCUAGUACAGACACCACAUCGACAGUCACGCUGUGCCAGUGGGAGAACUGCAAGAGAGAAUUUGAAAGUGAUUCAGACCUUUUGGAGCAUUUACAGGCCGACCACGUCGAAACGCAAGCAGGCAAAGAGAACUACGUGUGUCUAUGGCAAAAAUGCAAGGUGCGCGGGAAGCCUUCCUGUUCGCGUCUCUGGUUGGAGCGGCACGCGCUCUCACAUGGCGGGAACAAACCCUUCAAGUGCAUCGUCGAUGGCUGCGGCAGAAGGUUCUCGACGCAGAUUCUCCUCGAGAGGCACGUGAACAACCACUUCAACGAGGUGUCUCCGAGCGCGGGCAGCAAGUCCAAGUCUAGUGACAGCGCCAACAAGUUGAUCAGGAGGAACGGGAAGAAACUGCGGUAUAGGCGGCAGCCAUGGUCUGCACGCAUGUUCGACUUCUUCGACGCGGGCACGAUGGAGGGCCUGGCGUGGCGACUGUCGCUAAGCAGCCGCUGGCGGCUGGCGGCGCGCUGCCCGCUGCGCGAGGCGCGCGGCCGGCACGCGCUGACGCUGGUGGCGGUGCUGCGCGCCGCUCGCUACAACGCGGCCGAGCGCCGUCGCGAGGCGCUCGUGGCCUACUUCCCGCCGCACGUAAUCGAAGACGAAUGGGUGCCAGAAAAGGACGUGAAAAGAUUCAAGCGAGUGGAUAUAGCUUCUUUACCCGUUCACACCAAAGUCGUGGUCUACGAACAGUUCUGCGCAAGUUACAAGAUGAAGAGUGAACCGCCCCCUCCCCCGCCGGCGGUGGCGCCCCCUCCGCCGCCCCCGCCCCCGCCAUCUCCCCCGCAGCGGCUUCUGCCAGCAAGAAACUGUACGUCGUCUCGCAUCCUCUCUAAUCUCAUCGCCAAACAAAAGCGGGAACGAGUCGAGUGCUCCACCGGCAAUAUCUCAGCCCUAUAUCGCGAGGAAGAAACGAGUAAGCCCGAGGUCAGCGGCGCCAAGAAACGAAAGAUGGGAAGACGCUACGGCGGGAAUUCCUUUUGGCCGUGCGGACGAUAAUUCCUUUACGUAUAACCUGACCGUUUAAUUUUGACCUGUAAUUAAUUGUUUCUUGUUGAGAAAUGUUAAAAGUUAGUGUAAAAUUAAACAAUCAGGUCGACUGCCACGCUGCUCCGUGUUCAUUAGUCGAUGUAUAUUUUUAGAGUAAGAUUCACUUUUACAGAUAUUUCGUAAAGAUUGGACAAACUUUUGUCUUGUUCGACCGUUUACGCCGCGGAGUAUACUGUGAAACGAAGUGACAUUUAAUUUAACGGGCGAUUGACGUUGACAUAUGUCAAAUGCUAGCGAGCAGCGCGCGCGGUCGAGACAGAUGUUGAUUCUCCGCGGUCUCACGUCUAGAAAAAAAAAUUAUCGCCAAAGAUUCGUUGGAGUUAGCGUUUCACUACGUAGCAGACGUAAAUUUUAUUCAGAAGACUGAUGCUUACUUUUUUAUAAUGAUAUUACGGACGAUAACUAAGCGUUUGAGAACAAAAUGUAAAUAUUUAGCUCGUUGUGUAAUAUAGUUGUCUCGUUUUUCGAGUGUAUGAUAGUUCGAUUUAGUUUAAUGAUGUAGGAGGAGUCUGAUAGAAUAAGUGUGUCAUGUGACAUCUCGACCAGCGAUACAGUAUCACUGCCAAUGUGUAUAUACUAGUGUAUGUUAGCUUAGAUUUAUUUGCGUUCGCUUGUGGUUUAGUUAGUGCCCCGCGUCUCGGCCGUCUUACACACGGUCCAGGUUCCAAAUCUACGUAAUUAUCGUGAUAAUUGACAAGAAAAUUCUUUUUUGUAUUUUUAUUACGCAAUAAUUGAUUUUGAGAAUUAUUUAAGUUUGCAUUUGUUUCUUGUAUUGGUAGCGAAAUAAUUAGCUAUCCUUUUUUAAAAGUCAAUAGAAUGACAAAUCGACUUUAGGUUAAACUGUUUUUUUUUUAAUGACACUAUUGUGACUAGCAUUGGCUUGGUCUAUUUACGUCAUAUGACAAAAUUAUCAAGAUAAUUAUGCACAAUUAUGUAGAUGGGGUCUUGCAGUGAGGCCUAGUUGGGUGUUGUCGUGAUCAUGAAUGUAUGGCGGAAGUCUUCCACUCCGGCCUCAUGACUCACCAAGUGCCUAUAUACUAGUAGCGUCAGCAUAAAUGACUAUCGACUUGGGAACUUUGAACUUUUUUCUGAUGUAAAAAAAUAGUGCCAGGCACUAACGCCGUACAUCCAAUGUUUUUGAGAGAUGUCUUAAUUUCGAGAUAAGAGUUCUGUGAUUUUUCGAUUUUUUAUCAAUUGAAACUAUAAGAAUUUCUUUUUAUUUAAUUUCAUAAAUUACUUAAAUUUUUUAUCAACUUUUAGUCAAAAACCGUGUGUGGACGGCUUUACCCUUGGCGGCAAUAAAAAAAUCGACUGCCAUUUCUAUAGCAAUUUCUGCUGACGGUACCGCACACAUAGUGUUCACUUUAUUAUAUCAAGUACCCGCGUAGUCAUAUCACGGAUGUUAGUUAAGAUUUCGAAAAUUUUUCUGUUCGUUCGGAAAACAGAAUCAACAGCUGUCUAUUGUUUAUGACAUAGUGACGUCACUGCCAUUGAAGUUGUGUUUAGUUCGGACGUACUGUUAGCAAUAACGUUAUGUGAUAAGAUAUAUUGACAGAUAUAUUAAUUUUCUUCGCACAAUUUUUUGUAUUCCUUGUUACAAAUACUCGAGAUGUUUUCCGAGUCAUACGAGCAUGAACUAUUUGAAAAGUCUAUAGUACAAAAUGAAGCAAUGAUAGUAGAAUGAACUUUUAAAUAAGGAAUGAGAUUAGUUCAAUGUUCUUUGCUUGUAAUGAGUUUGAAUACAUCUCCGAUAGUAAAAUGUGCGUUUCAUCAAGGCGCUUUCCUACUUUGUUGAGACAUUUUUUGUCGUGUGAACACUCCAUUAGCAAUUAUUCCGCCACAUAGUGGGAACGCGCCUUUAGUUAUAGUUUACAUGGACUUAGUCGCUAUACCCUUAGUCAAUCCAUUCCCUGUGAAUUUAAUAAUUAUUCCGAAUUAAGUGUUUAGCCACUAAGUUCCUGUAGAUACAAUACAUACAGAACAUACCAUGCCAAUGAUUUUAUAUGAACCCAGAUUUUUAGAUGUUAACUUUUGGAGGUCCCUUAUACAGAAGUUGUCAGUAACAUUGCCUUUUUAGCCAUAAGGGGUUUACAUGAGAAUAAAGUAAAUUGUGUUCUGUGCUCACACGAUCUCGCUAGUAAUUUUAGUUAGUGCCUAUAGCGUUAAGUUGGUGUGCGUGGACUUGAUAGACACCGUAUUCUAAACUUUCGCUUCGAAACAGGACGGAGAUUCUAUGUAUUAGAUCAUUUUGUAGUGUAAAUCGACCCUAGAGUAAUGAAGUGUAAGGAGCCUUAGGCGCGUUCAGUCGUAUCUAUCUCUGAAAUAAGUAAAAAGACCACUAUUGUGUCUGUGUUAGAGAAUGUUGCUACAGGGAGCUGACAGCGUAUCGCCGUCUCGCUCGCUCGCAGUAGGUUUGGAUCCAAAGAAGUGAAAUAGGAAAAUUUCUCUAGUAGUGAAGUUGGUGCCUGAUUGUCGUGUGGUUAUGGAAUCGUGUGCUUACUACAGUUAGACUUCGUUUGGAACGUUUCCAAUGUACUGAUUAUUUUUUUUUAUAAAUUUAAAAAAUGUAGUUUAAUUUUUUCAGCACUGAUCGUAGUGCCAUAUUUUUAUUGGCUCGCUUUUUUGUAAAUUAUUUUUAUAGUGAAAUUCGACACCAAAAUCAGAAAGACGAUUAGUUUUGUUUUAUCAGACUAACGAAAACGACUUGAAUUUGAUCUCAGAUAGGCAGGAAUAAGCGUUGUAUGCGUUGUCCCUAAUUUAUCUCCAUAGUUAAUUCGCUCAAUAAUUUAGUAGUUUCGGCAACUCGAUUAAAUUAACGAGGUAGCCUGCAAGACGCUUCUUUAAAAACUUCGACGAUAGACUCGGACGGCGUUUGAGGAUAGCAAAUGUUUGGCAAAGUAAUAAAACACCGGACUAAAUAAUAUCUCCUAGCGUAGAGUUAGUCUGGAGAGUUACGCAGAGAAAUAUUUUGUGAACCGAACCUUGUAACGGAGUACUAAAUUAUAUCGAAAAGUAUACAUAAUGAAUAAGCGCAGAAAGAUUUAUAUUUUUAUCACUGCCACUAUAGUAAUAGUUGAAUGUGUGUGGUUAGCGACGUGUUUCGUUUGCUCAGCGGUACGUUUCAUUCAACGCGUGCCGCAACCGUUCCGUUUUUUGUAAAGUGAAUAUUGUAAAGGGAACAAGUAGCAGCCGCAUUUCUUCUCAUAAGUCUUGUUUGGGUACUAUUUCUGCGCCCUAUCAUGUGAUGUUUGAAGGCGUGAAACACAUUACAGCUAACGCAGAUAAGAUCCAAGUAGAUUGCGGUUGGUAGUAUUAUGAUCUCAAUACAACACAGGUAAUAUACGGUUGAAACAUUUGUUUGUCUUGUCAGCACGUUUCCCAGCACUAUCAUAGCGUAUCUACCCCCACUAUUAACUGGGGGUUUACCAUCAUCUCUUAGCGCGAUCCACUUUGCGACCUGAACUGAAUUAAUUUUGAGUACGAAUUCAUUAUCAUCAUUUUAUUUUACUAAACUGAAUAUUUUAUUGAACUGAGCUGCAUUGGUAUCGUUCAGUAAAAGUUGAUGAUAGGCCUGCUCGUAUCUUCGUCUUGUUUGAUACAUAGUUAUAGAAUUGAUAACUGCAAAAAAGUGCAGUGUGAUUAGGAGAUUGGGCUUGCAUUUUGCAUACCAAGGAACCUAUGUCUCUAUAUGAAAAAGAAGAUAAUUGCUCAUAUAUUAUUUUGUCUUGUAUUUUUUUUUCAUUUCAAUUGUUUUUGUAAGUUAUAAAAUAAUUUUAUUUUGUUAAAAAAUUUAAGACUAGUUUAAUGUUUAUAACCAUUAGCGCUCUAUACAUAGCCAUCAUCCGUAAUCUACUUGGGCUUCUGAGCUGUUGAGAUAUUCAGAGAAUCCAGACCUUUCUCAGCUACGAUAGAACAUAGUUUGAGAUUUUAAUAGAAAAUAUAACGUUUUGUUUCGCCAAAUGGCUUCUCCUGGCCACUCAGGAGUGUACAUAGUUUAGAGUAUAUAAUAUAAGUAUUAUUCUGCAUACUGUAAUUUGGUUCGCGCCGGGCCGGCGGGGCGGGGCGGGGGGUUAGUGUUAGGUACGCGCGUUGUCUGUCAACAUGUUUCCUACAUUAUGCGUUUAUUAUAUGAAUGUUCUCCUUUAUUGUAAAUGUUUGACGAGAUACUAUAUGUGGAGCCUACGUAUCCCGAAUAGUGUGCACUACUUAUAUUCAAUUUGUAGAUAUUUAAUUAUAUAUAGUAUAAUGUUUAAUGCGUUGUCUUAUUUGCUUGGUCCUUCGAUGGUAACCCGAAAAUUUAAUUAUAAUUUUGACCCGAAUAUGUCGGGUGAUCUACCUCAAUUAAUUUAUCACACAUUUGGGCAUAAUAAUAGUAAAUAUUAAUUUAAUAUGGAACCUAGAAAUUUGAUCAAUGUAGUGAUUAUUAAGAUUUUUUAAUACCUACAAUGGUUUGUCCAUCUGUCACAAGUACUGUAUCUUAUAUUAAAUACAUAUUGUAUGAUUGAUAAA